CGAAUGUUGAGCACAACGAGCGGUUGCCAAGUCAAUUUUACUAAUAAUACCACCUGCAGGACAUCAAUUCACAUAAUCUAAGUUCGGCAACAUAAAACCGCUAUUUAAGAAGCUGGUAUUACUUGAACCAACAUAUAAUUCGCGAAGAAAGAGAUUAAGUCGUCGAAGAAAGGUUUAAACAUAUAUGAACAUGCAACUGAUGAUUUUGCUACUGCUGUGGCGCUGUUUGCUUUGCUUCGGCGAAUCCACCAUUACGCACGCCACCAAUGUCAGCAAACGCCAAUUGCAGUAUGGUGGCAACUAUCCACCGCCGAGUUACCAAGCGCAUGGCAAUCAGCAAGCCAACUACUUACUGCAAACACCACCAUUGCUCUAUGACCCCGGCUACAAUGCACAGCAUCUACACGAAAUCGGCGCUGAGACUGACCACACAACGGACGCGGCAGAGCUGAGCACACCGAAUGCAACGCAACCACUACAACAACGAACACCAACAAAUCAUGGUUUGGGCGCACAAUUCGAAGCACCCCAAACAUUUUCGCAAAUUUACUUACCACACGGGUACGCAACAGGCGCACAGCUUACCUUGAGUCGUACAGCGCCGCAUACCUUCCCUGGCGAAACGACAGUUGCAUUGGCCGCGCGCAACAGCGGUCGCUCAUACAGCACCAGUUCCACCUACUUUGUGCCAAUGAGCUUGCUUUACCAUCCAAAUGUGGAUUCACAACUACAACCGAGCAUCUAUGCUCAGCGUCUUGCACAGCAACCGCAACAAAUGCAGGCAUAUAAUCCACUAUCGCCGCCGCCGCCGCUGCCACCAGCGCUCUAUCAGCAAUAUGCGUUACAAGCAGCGCUGCCACCAACACAACCCACAGCAACGCCGUCAAUUGCAGCACAGUCAACACAACUGUCACAACAGCAGCAACAACCAGCGCAGCAACAGACAAUUUCACAACAACAAACAUCGCUUGAACCACACGCCUUACCGCCGUUGCCACGUUUACCGCACUUGCUGCCGCCGUCAACCCCACCUUCCUCCUCACCGCUACCGCUCAAUUUCCAGGCGCCUUUUCAUCCCUCACAAUUUCUCGGCUAUAUGCAUGAACGCGAUGCGCGUAAUAGCGUCGCGUCUUCCACAGGGAGCACUGAUGCACGCACGUCGCACCACACAAAAGCCUAUACGGGUUAUCCACAACCACAAGUUGAGAAGCCGAUUUAUGAGCAUAUGGCGAGCAGCGCAAAGCAGCAAAAUUAUCCAGCCGCCGUGGCGCGCUAUGGCCGCUACAUUUAUAUGGCACCGAAUAGUGGCUACGCACUCUUCAAAGCGACGUAAAGCGCAAAAGGAUGCAGAGCAGAGAAAUAUCAGGUGGAAGAAGGAGGUGAAGAUAGUGAAAGUAUUUACGCGAGUGGAAAAUUAGUUGUGAGCGGUGACGGUAGCCAAGCGUCACAAAAUAGGCGAUGUCCGGAUCCAGUAUAGUCCUAUAGUCCUUUAUAAAUCUAACAUAUAGUUUUAAAAGCAAUUAACAGCUUACAACCACAUGAUAUUUACAGUUAUUGAUGCACAAGGAAUUAAUAAAAUAAGAAAAUAUUUUUUUUUAAUUAGUGCUACGAACUUUACUGUAUCACAAGGAGGUCUAAUGACCCAAAUGAACAUCAGCUACACCAUCCCUCCCCUUAAAAAAA